AACACGUGUUCGUGGUAUCUCUCUUAAUUUAUCAAAUAUUAUUAAAUAUUAUUUUAUUUAUCGAGUUAGCAAUGUAUUUAGGUUAUUACGUGAUAUUUAAAGAUACCUUUUAUUAAAAUAUUUACGAUUAUUUAAUUUAAUAAAUUCUCACAAACGAACAGCGAAUAUGGAUGUGAAAUUAAGUGAUGGAUAUUUUGAUUUGUGUAUAAAUGCAUCGAAAGAUAAUACGUCGAAUUUGAGUAGUAUUUUAUUAAGGUUAUAUCAAAUGGGAUUUAGGACGGUGGCAAUUAAUCAAACCAUUGACGAUAGUAUUUUUGAUACCGACAAAAAGAAGAAAAAGAAAAAAUCAGAGAACAACGAAAGUUCAGUUACGGUUCCUAAUCCACUUGAUAUUGCUGAUUUAGUAAAAGAAUUUGAAGGCAAACUUCGCAUUUUUAAUAGGCUUACAUUUAUUUAUUCUGAUCACUUAAAAACUCAUAUGUUGAAUCAUUGCAGUAAUUUGAAAAAGUUUCAUUUGUAUUCUGUGAUACCGAGAACAAAAACAGCACUUCAGUUUGCAUGUUCACAACUGAAUACGGAUCUCAUUACUAUAAAUGCAUCCUGUACUGGAUUUAAAAUGAAUAGAAAACUUUAUUUACAAGCUGUAGAAAGAGAUAUACAUUUUGAAAUACAAUAUGCAGAUGUACUAAAUCCAGAACAGCGGAAAGUUGCUAUUCAUCAUUCUCAUUUAUUUUAUGUAUAUGGAAAAAGUAGGAAUGUGAUAAUAUCAAGUGGGGCAACUAAUGUUACAGAAAUUAGAAAUCCUUAUGAUGUCAUAAACUUGGGUGCUUUAUUAGGAUUAAAUGAAGUUAAAGCCAAAGCAGCUAUUUUGUACCAGUGCAAACAUCUACUUUUAAGAGCAGAAAGACGACGUUACGGUAAAGUUUUUGCAAUAAGGAUAAGAGAAAAGUUGGAAGAAGAUAAUCAUAAAGAAUCAAAUGCAAAAAAACUAAAGUUAUGAAUACUAUAAAUAUCAUUGAAUUUAUAGCAACAUAUUUUAAAUCUGAUAUUUCAUUCAGAAAAUAAAACCUAUUUAUUUUUCUUUUUUCAUA